GCGGUGCAAACGCUGGCUGGCGCGGCCUGCUCGGGCACGUGCGGGACAUCAGUCCUAAGCUUGGGCGGACUGGGCGCUGGGCAUCUGUGCUCAUGCGGUAUGUGCUCGGCAUGUUUCUUGGGUGUGCGAGGAGUCCUGGUCGAGUGCGGAGAAGUGGGGCGCGUGGAACACGACCGCUAGGAUCGGGAUCGUCGGGUCGCAGAUCACGAGCAGGGGCAAACGGGAUUGGCGUGCACGUGAUGCGCGGAGGAGCUGGCCGUCGAUGGGACCUUCGUGUGUGGCUCGGCUGCGUGCGGUUGCGGGCCUGUGCUCGCGGCUACGUGCGGCUGGGCUCGGGGUGGGUCCCGGCGAUGUCAGGCGGCGGCAGCGAUUUUCGGCAGUUCCUGGCGGAGGCGGUCGGCAGCGGUCGGCGAGAGAUUACCGGAAAAUACGGAUUUUUAAGACCCAUUUCUUUAAGAAGAAGAGAACCUGAUGAAUCGAGGGGUAAAAGAAAGAGGUCAACUUGUCCAUUCAAGCUUAAGAAACAACAAACAACUGUAAGGUGUUCUAAAUGUCAUGCAACAGGACACAAUGCUCUUAGAUGCAAGGUUACUAAGAAAAACACAGAUGGAGUUGGAAAAUCUUGUCAUGCACCACAACAACAACAAGAGGUUCAUGCAACUGCCAAUACUUUACCACCCAGAGAAAAUGAUUUGAUGAAUAGUGUCAUCUCAGAUGAGCAGUUGAUGGCAGCAAUUGAUAACUAUACUAAGAUGGACAACUAUGAACAUGAGCAGCCUCAGCCACAAGUUAACAAUCAAAGCAAAAGAGGUGUGGAGAAUUCACAUAUUUUACCACCCACCCAAGAGGAUCUGAUGGAUAGUGUGAUUUCAGAUCAGGAAUUGAUGGCAGCAGUUGAAAGCCAGGUUGACAGCAACAUAUAUCAGUAUGUGCAACCUCACAAGCCAGUUCCUUCUCCAUCUGAGCAGCUGAGAAUGUCUACAAACCAGCCACCUGUGAUUAACCCUCUGCACACUAGGCUCAAUAUCAGAGCACCCCCACCAAUCACAGGAGGAUAUAGCAGACCA